ACCGCCCGGCCAAGAGUGUGUGGGCGGCGGCACGGCGGGUGCGAACGCGGAGCUGUGAGGCGCAGGCAGGGCUCUAGGGCACCUAGAGACCAGGGCCGGGGACGUGGCAGCCGCCCUGCCCACUAGAAAGUUUCCUAGAAGUUUGCUGGGCGCGGGCGCACGACCGACGGGCCGAACCAUGAACGUGUUCCGAAUCCUCGGCGACCUGAGCCACCUCCUGGCCAUGAUCUUGCUGCUGGGGAAGAUCUGGAGGUCCAAGUGCUGCACGGGCAUCUCUGGGAAGAGCCAGAUCCUUUUUGCUCUCGUCUUCACCACCAGAUACCUGGACCUGUUCACCAACUUCAUCUCCAUCUACAACACAGUAAUGAAGGUGGUUUUUCUCCUCUGUGCCUAUGUUACAGUGUACAUGAUAUAUGGGAAAUUUCGUAAAACUUUUGACAGUGAGAAUGACACAUUCCGCCUGGAGUUUCUUCUGGUCCCAGUCAUUGGCCUUUCCUUCCUUGAAAACUACAGUUUCACUCCGCUGGAGAUCCUCUGGACUUUCUCUAUCUACCUGGAGUCAGUGGCUAUUCUGCCCCAGCUCUUCAUGAUCAGCAAGACUGGAGAGGCUGAGACCAUUACUACUCACUACCUGUUCUUUCUGGGUCUGUACCGGGCACUCUACCUGGCUAACUGGAUCAGGCGGUACCAGACUGAGAAUUUCUAUGACCAAAUCGCAGUGGUGUCUGGAGUAGUACAAACCAUCUUCUACUGUGACUUCUUCUACUUGUAUGUGACCAAAGUCCUUAAGGGAAAGAAGUUAAGUCUUCCAAUGCCAAUCUGAGAACCCUCUGAGAUAGUCUACGCCUUAACAAGCACAUGAAGGAAACUAUUUUGAAUGUUCUUUGGCACCUUAUCCAUUUGGGAUCAAAUGUUAAAACCAGAAAAAUGCUUAGUGUGGAUUUCAGCAAAACUUGAUCAUCCCACCCAGAAGACCUUCUCAUCAAUAGACUGCCCUUAAAGACUCAUUGUAAGGUCAUAAAAACCUGGGCCAACUGCACAAAUACGGUGCCUCAAAAUGACUGCAACAAGAAACCUUAAGGUGCCUUACCCGAUGAAAAACAUCAAAUAAAUGAUUGCUCUCUAAGGCCCGAGGGCAAGAUUCAUGAUGAGGAAGUCAACCCCAAUCUGGAACAAUGUCCCUCCUCUUAAGAAUGUCCCAACUAAAGACCAGUUAAAAUAUUAGAGUAUGCUCUUGUGAAUUUCCACUUUCCAGGUAGGUGACCAAAUUUAGGUGGUCAAGAUAUAAAGGUGACAGCUAGUUUUAAGUGUGAGACUUAUUUCACUUUCAUACUGCUUUCAGGCCAGAAGCAAACCAAAUUUACCAGGUUUGGCUGGAAGAGUUUUGUGCCUCAUCUUUUAUUGGUUUGAAUUUUUUCAAACUAGUGACUGAUACCUGCCUUGCACUUAGUACCUUAAUACCAAUAACCUAAUGGUACUUAGGUGAGUACCAUUUGCGUAAUCACUGUUUUACUAUGAGCAGAAACAGAUACAUCCAAACCCUUACCUACUAGGUAUCCUGCUAGGGUUUUCGAUUCCAAUUCUUAGAGUAAGUUUAAUCAAUUCUACUUUCCUUUCAGUUUUAGGUGCUAAUCAGUCAAUCCAAUAUUCUCCACCUUUGUCUUGAAACAAAAACUGUUUUAAGAUGUCUACAUUGAACUAUUCAGAGAAUUUUUAGGCAAUAAAACCUCACACCUUAUUGUCAACAGUGUUUUUAUUUAUACCUACAAAAAGAAAACAAGAUGGUAUCAAAAGGACAAUUUACAAACUAAGAAUAGUAACAUAGCUUUCAGCAUCCUGUGCCUGAACAUCACACAUCUACAAAUCUUUCAAGUCUUAAUGCAACAGGAAUGUGUUUGGAGACCAGCAAGAACAUGAAUAGAGAGCACUGAUCCCAAGCAAAAGCCACUAACCUUUUAGAUGAGAAGUCCACACAACGAAUUGUUAGGGAGGAUUGGGGAGAAGCAGCCCAUUGCUUAAUACAUUGAAACCCUUUCCCUAAGUUGAGUUUCAAUCAUGAAUGCAAUAACUAGCAUAAAAUGAUUCUUCUGCUCAUGUUCUGAAGCCAACAGCAGAACCUGAAUUAUGAGUGACAAACAUGGAGGCAGAAGAGUUAAACUCUGCUAGAUUUCAGCUGUGCUCAGGCCAUUAAUAGCUUUUAAGGUUUGGAAUUUACUGUUAUGAUUACAAUGUCCCAGGUGGAAAAAGGGAAGCAAGCAAUCCAAAUAACCACUUGCUUGCAGAGACCUUUCCCUCAAACAGAUGCUUUCAAGAGCUGCGAGAGAGUAGGGCAUCCCUUGUGGUGGAACCUCUAUGUUUAAAGAAAGAAGAAAAAAAACCCAGAAUUUGGUUGUAGAAAACAAUGCCCACAACAGACUGGCCAGUGCUGAGACAAAUUUGGGGUCGGGGGGAACACUUUGGUUUGAAAGCACAGAGCAGUUUGCCAUGUUUCUUCUGUGCCUACCAUCCUCCCUUGGCCUCAACUUCUAUAAGAUGGGGGGGACAAAAAGAGAAGUUAAGAAAGAAGAAAGUGGAAAAUUAAAGAUGUCAAAGUUUUUACAUGCAUAUAUUUCAGCUUAUGCUGAAGACCUACCUGUAUGUUGCACACUGAAUCAUACUUUCAGAACCCCUCAGAAACCACCCCUCUCUCCCUAAAGAAUUUUAAAAGGAAAACAAAAACCUCGAGUAUAGAUCUUACAAAUCAGCAAGCAUUCAGGCCUUAGCCAAAGAAUGCAGUGGAGCCUUCCGCCUUAAACUGCAUUGUGAAUGAAUACAAAUUAACAGCAUAAAAAUUAAGUCCCAUAUCAGAUCUGAAAGGGGUUUCUGGGGCUGUCUGAUGUCUCUAUCCUGUUGUAGUGAACACAAUAGCAGAAAAUUCUGUCUGGGUUCAUCUAAAAGUCUUGGUAAAACAGCAUUACUAUGAAGAGGAUGAACUCACCUACCUUCAGAUGGAGGAAAAGUGAAAAGGACUUAGACUUUAGUCCUCCAUGACUUUUCUUAAGCACUACCUACCUGUAAUAAGCUGAGUGCAAAAGGAUGCCGAAGAAAAUCUGCACCCAGAAGCUGUUAGAAAGCACUGCAGAGAACAGGGUAUGGAAAAAUAAGAGUUCUUAAUAAACCCUUAAGAUUCUUUGUUCAAGGUAACUUUGCCAAAAGGGCAGAGUAGCUGGCAAAGAGUUGUUUUUAUUCUAGCUCUACACUGCGUUUGAAAAGAAAAUCUGCCCAUUUUGAAUAUAUUGUUUAUAAUUAAAUGUGCUUUUUACACUGCAGGUCAAUAUAAAAACUGGUUAGUAAAUUUCCAGUGAGCAUUUAUGGUCAUUUGCUCACAGCAGCUGUCUGGCUGGACAAUUAAUUUCACAGAUGGUCCCCAGUUUUACUGGGAAAUAUAGGCAGCUUCCACCCAGAUGCUGAGAUGCUACAGUUUAAGCACUGCAAUAAACACUUGUGGUUUUUAAUUCAAAGGAUACACAAGACUCCGCAUUUCAAUUUCUAACCUGACACUAAAAUGGUUAUUUUUCAGUAAUGGGGGCGGGGGAAAGGCAGAGUGUAAAGGGAGAUAAAACCAAUUAGUGAUUUUUAACUGUCAAAUGCACUCAAGCAAUCAGUCAAAACAGGCCUGAGGAAACCUGUUCCAACUUGAGAAACAUUUAAAAGCACAAAAGAAAAUGUGCAGGGAAAUCCCUGUUUGUUUUCUAACCCAGUAAUGAGAAAUUUAAAGCACAGAUGCCAUCUUCCUCUGCAAAACAAUUCAGCCCUCCCCCUCCCUCCCCCCCUCCCCACCAACUCGGAAAAAAACAAAAGAUGGGCUCCCACAAAAGGGCCUAAUACCUUACUCUUUAAAGAUGAAAAAUAGCUCAAAUAUCUUCAACAUGCAAGAAGUUGGGGGAAGAAUUUAAUCUCUUCCAGUCAGCUCUCUCUCUCUAUAUAUAUAUGUAUUUUUUUUUUUAACAAAAUGUUAUUACAGACUGGAUCAUUUUGGCGGGCAGAAGAAACCUGGCAGUGAAUUCUAACUAAUCUGCAUGAAAAGACAAAUCACAAUGGUUGGGGAGAAAAAUUAAAAAAAAAAAAAAAAAAGAAAAAGAAAAAAAAAA